AUGGGGGCCCCCAAACUGAUGCUCCUCGCCGGCGCACCGCUACCCUCAAAAGUGGACGACGCGUCGUGCACCGUGACCAAAUUGGACAACGCAUACAGCAUCCUCCUGUGCCUCGACGAUUUACAGAGCGGAGACGCUGCGCCAACCUCAUCUCAUGCUGUGUGGCGCUCAUUGCCCUUGGCAAGACAACCUCUGCACACUGGCUUCAGCCAAAUCCACGACUUCCAGAACACACAGUUUCGUGAAAGUGCCGGUUUCUUCACUACGGCAGAUGUGUCCUUUUCAGACUCGUCACACCUGGCCUCUACACGCGAGGACGCCGAGGAUGUCCUGACGCAGUUCUGUGAGCAGGCCCUGGCAGAACACACGUCAAUCUUGUCCUCGCAACCUGAUGACAGCUUCGUCUCUGAGGAGGAGACAUCCUUCCUGACGACCGCCUCGUCGGCCGACAGGACCAACCAUGGCACGAUGCGGCCACCCCCUCCUGUACCGUCACAUCUAUCUGACCUCGAGGACGUCCCGCCCGCCAAGCAGAUCCUCGCAUUGCAGCCCCAGACGGUGACCCUCAACCUCAUCGUCGGGGUCAUCUCCAUUGCUCAGCCGCGCACCGUCACCACGCGCUGGGGCACCACGCUCUCGCUGGUCGAGGUCCUCGUGGGAGACGAGACCACGGCCGGCUUCGCCGUGACCUUUUGGAUCGGCAGCGAUGCCGACCGCAACGCCGGAGUGCUCAAGCUGCAGCGGCAGGAUGUGGUUCUGAUGGAGAACGUCGCGUUGCACGUGUUCCGCGGCAAAGUCUACGGCCAGAGCCUGCGCAAGGGCUUGACGAGGAUCAACCUUCUCUGGCGCCGUGACGGGAGCGGGUACUACUCCACGAGGACCCUGUCCAAGAAGGGAACGACAACGACGCGCCCGCAGCAGGACAAGACGGCGCAGGUCAAGGACUGGGUGUUGCGAUUUGUGGGACGAGACCCGGCGAGGACGACGAGAAGCAGCGCACGAAAGUCAUGGGACAGGCCACCGGACGACUCGCAAUGA